AAAAAUCCUGCUUUGGUCGAAUCGAUAGUGUCGUUCUCCCCGGCUCUUCUACGCCGGAGUUGCCAGGGGGCCGCCAUCUUCUACCACCGUUGGCUAUCCUCUGACUCCAGGUCACCGCCGCUGACUCCCUCCUCUGCCGUCGCUGCCACUACAGUUCGUCCUUCGCUGUCGCCGCCUAGCGACGACGCAGAGCUGCGGCGUUCCACGAUGAUGCAUUGCCGUUUAAGGGAUUGUUGAGCAUCUAACGAGCCGGACGCGAGCUGUCUGGGCUAGGACGAGGGGAUCCCGAACCCUAUUUGAUCGAACUGAUCUCUGUUCCGCGCUUUGUUCGAUUGGGCUGAGGUUCGACCAGAGUUUUGAUCGUUAGGGCUCGGUUAUCUCCGUGGAGUUCGAUCAUGUCGACUCUGGAAAUCGAAGCGCCGGAUGUAAUCAAAAUUGUUCUACAAUUCUGCAAAGAAAAUUCAUUACACCAAACCUUCCAGACAUUGCAGAGUGAGUGCCAAGUUUCAUUAAACACGGUAGACAGCCUUGAAACAUUUGUUGCUGAUAUUAAUAGUGGAAGAUGGGAUGCAAUUUUGCCACAAGUGGCACAGCUUAAACUUCCAAGAAAGAACCUGGAGGACCUCUAUGAACAGAUUGUGUUAGAAAUGAUUGAGCUUCGGGAGUUGGACACUGCUCGUGCUAUUCUUAGACAAACUCAGGUUAUGGGAAUAAUGAAGCAAGAGCAACCUGAGAGAUACUUACGUCUUGAGCAUCUCUUAGUCCGGACGUAUUUUGACCCCAAUGAGGCAUAUCAAGAGUCAACUAAGGAGAAGCGCCGUGCACAAAUUGCUCAAGCUCUUGCUGCUGAAGUAUCUGUUGUACCACCAUCUCGAUUGAUGGCAUUGAUCGGUCAGGCUCUGAAGUGGCAGCAACAUCAAGGAUUGUUGCCACCAGGCACUCAAUUUGACUUGUUCCGAGGAACAGCUGCAAUGAAGCAAGAUGAAGAUGAUAUAUAUCCGACAACCCUUGCGCACCCAAUUAAGUUUGGAAAGAAAAGUCAUCCGGAAUGUGCUCGAUUUUCGCCUGAUGGUCAGUACCUAGUUUCAUGCUCGGUUGAUGGAUUUAUUGAGGUUUGGGAUUAUAUUAGUGGGAAGCUUAAGAAGGAUCUGCAGUAUCAGGCUGAUGAUGCUUUUAUGAUGCAUGAUGAUGCUGUGCUUUGUGUUGAUUUUAGUCGGGAUUCAGAAAUGCUGGCAUCUGGAUCACAGGAUGGAAAAAUUAAGGUUUGGCGUAUUAGAACGGGUCAAUGCUUGCGUCGCCUUGAGCGAGCACAUUCUCAAGGUGUAACAAGUAUUGUGUUUUCUCGUGAUGGCAGCCAGCUUUUGAGUGCAUCCUUUGACAAUACAGCAAGAAUCCACGGCCUUAAAUCUGGGAAGUUAUUAAAAGAAUUCAGAGGUCACACUUCUUAUGUAAAUGAUGCAAUUUUCUCAAAUGAUGGCAGCCGUGUUAUUACAGCUUCCAGUGAUUGUACCGUGAAGGUGUGGGAUGUGAAGAGCACAGAUUGUCUACAGACCUUCAAGCCACCACCUCCACUAAGAGGAGGUGAUGCAUCUGUGAACUCUGUUCAUUUGUUCCCCAAAAAUGCUGAGCAUAUUAUAGUUUGCAAUAAGACAUCUUCAGUAUACUUGAUGACUCUUCAAGGACAGGUUGUAAAAAGCUUCUCCUCUGGGAAGAGAGAAGGGGGAGAUUUUGUUGCUGCCUGUGUUUCCCCAAAAGGAGAAUGGAUCUACUGUGUUGGUGAAGACAUGAAUAUGUAUUGUUUUAGCCACCAGUCUGGUAAGCUGGAACACCUAAUGAAGGUUCAUGACAAAGAAGUGAUUGGUGUAACCCAUCACCCUCACAGAAAUUUGGUUGUCACAUAUGGUGAAGAUUGUGCAAUGAAGAUAUGGAAACCUUGAUUCCUGCAGUCUUAUGUUCAUUCUCUCUAUUCGAAGCUUGUGUUCUUGUUGUUGAUCAAAAUCUUGUGGUCUUCUUUGAGAGGACUUUGUAGAAUUUAUGAGCUGUAAGAUCCUUCUCAGUUGUCAUAAUCAGUAGCAUCCAGAAUCCUGUUGGAGAUUGUAGGCAAGUCCCAGGGUCCUAAAAUCCUGCACUUGAGGAUGGAAAGCAGAAGACACAACAAUGGAACAAUAUUUUUUGGUUGCUCACA